UGAAGCGCGUUCUCUCUCUCUCUGUUGUAAAGGCGUGGUGACACACACACACACACACACACACACACUCUCUCUCUCUCUCUCUCUCGCUGAAACAGACUUCUGUUAGGCAGCUGUUGGAAGUGAAGUGGAGGAGCGGCUGCCUUUGGAGCGGAGUCAGUGAAUCACCUCAUCAGCCCGGGCAGAGCGGCAGUCGCUCCGCGGAGUGGACAACUGCUCGGUCAAAGACUCUUUUACGCACCGGGCAACUACCUGAAAAAACGCAUCGCGAGAGGAGGGAUCCAGCCUGCAACUACGUGAAUCUCUUCUCCUGGAAUAUUGCCUUUGAUUGUUGGCAACACAUUUUGAAUUUAUCAGUUAAAGAGAAGACAUUUCUAAAGCAGAAUGAAGGAAUUUACACCUUUCCUCAACAUGAUUGUUCUUGCGCUGCUUGUCGCCCUCGUUUCAGCGACCAAAUUAAAUGUACCGCGGCUGAGACUAUCCUACAAAGACCUGCUGUCCACCAACAGGUCAUCUAUCUUUAGUGGUCAUCAUGGCCAACUCUCUCUUACUGCUGUCUUCCUGGAUGAGUACCGUGACCGCCUCUUUCUGGGAGGGAAGGACGUCCUGUACUCUCUCAUGCUGGGACCUGUCAGCAGCGAGUCCAAGGAGAUCCACUGGCCCCCGUUACCUGGCAACAGAGAGGACUGCGUUGAAACAGGGAAGGAACAGACUGAGUGUGCCAACUUUGUCCGCCUCCUGCAGCCCUACAACCGCACCCACCUCCUGGCCUGUGGCACUGGUGCCUUCCAGCCCAUGUGCACCUUCAUCUAUGUGGGGCACAGAGGGGAGCAUGUGUUCACAAUGGACCCCACGAAUGUAGAAAAUGGAAGAGGAAAAGUCCCUCAUGACCCCAGCCUACCCUUUGUGAGCACCUUCACUGGUGGGGAGUUGUAUACAGGACUUACAGCAGAUUUCCUGGGAAGAGACUCUGUGAUCCUCAGGAGUAUGGGAGGUCGCAACACUAUGAGGACAGAGACUGAUGAGAAACUUCUUCAUGACCCGAAGUUCAUUGCUGCCCACCUCAUCCCAGACAAUGACGACAGAGACAAUGAUAAAGUGUAUUUCUUCUUCACGGAGAAAGCCACAGAGGCAGGGGACAGGGAAGGGGCCAUACACACACGUGUGGGACGAGUCUGUGCAAAUGAUGUUGGAGGCCAGAGAGUGCUGGUGAAUAAGUGGAGUACCUUCAUCAAAGCGAGGCUGAUUUGUUCUGUACCAGGACCUCAUGGUAUUGACACACACUUCAACCAACUGGAGGAUGUUUUUCUGCUGAGGACGAAGGAUGAGAGGAACCCAGAUAUCUAUGCGAUCUUCAGUACUAUCAGCAAUGUGUUCCAGGGUUUUGCUGUGUGUGUUUACCGCAUGGCUGACAUCAGGGAAGCUUUCAACGGACCCUUUGCUCAUAAAGAGGGUCCUGACUACCAGUGGGGUGCUUAUGAAGGCAGGGUCCCUUAUCCAAGACCAGGGGUGUGCCCCAGUAAAAUCACCAACCAGCCUGGCAGAGAGUUUGGCAGCACAAAGGAUUACCCUGAUUCAGUGCUGCACUUUGCCCGCAGCCACCCACUGAUGUGGCGGCCAGUGUAUCCAGCUCUGCGCCAGCCUGUGCUUGUAAAGGCCAAUAUUCCCUACAAGCUGAAACAAAUCGUGGUGGACCGGGUCGAAGCAGAAGAUGGACAGUAUGAUGUCAUGUUCAUUGGCACGGACAUUGGUACAGUAUUGAAGGUCAUUGCCCUGCACAGUGGAAACAGUCUAGAGACAGAGGAGGUCACACUGGAGGAGCUACAAGUCUUUAAAGUGCCAACCCCAGUUACAUCAAUGGACAUAUCUGUUAAAAGGCAAGCCCUGUAUGUGGGCUCUCCAGCAGGUGUGGCACAGGUGAAGCUGCAUCGCUGUGAGACUUAUGGAAAAGCCUGUGCUGAAUGCUGCCUGGCCAGAGACCCUUACUGCGCCUGGGAUGGAUCAUCAUGUGCACGAUAUGUACCCAACAGCAAACGCCGCUACCGCCGGCAGGACAUCAGGCAUGGAAACCCUGUAUUGCAGUGUGUGGAUCAGAAUCUGAGCGACCUUGACGUGACGGAGGACAGGGUGGUGUAUGGGACGGAGAACAACAGCACCUUCCUGGAGUGUGUUCCUCGCUCUCCACAAGCUACUGUAACCUGGCUCGUCCAACACAAUGACCACAAGGAAGAGGUGAAGCUAGAUGAUCGUGUAAUGUCUACCGAGCAGGGCCUCCUGUUCCGUCAUCUCUUCCGCCAGGAUGAAGGUGUGUACAUCUGCCGCUCCCGUGAGCAUGGAUUCACGCAGACCCUGGCCCGCCUCACCCUCGAAGUCCUCCAGGGGGAGACCGUGGACGAGCUCAUGGCUCGUGACAACGCUGGCCUCUCUGACUCGUUCAAAGACCGGUCCACAGGAGGCUACAGGGCCUGGAUGCCUUGUAGCACUUACAGCAGGGGCGGCUCAUCAAGCCAAUUCAGCCAGUCGCGCACAUGGUUCAAGGAUAUCAUGCAGUUGAUUGGGCCAUCAAAUCUGCCACAGGUGGAGGAGUACUGUGAGAGGAUGUGGUGCAACGACAAGCUGAGGAGGAAACACAAGAGCAUGCUGGAGAAAUACCGGCAGGCGCAGGAGAGUGCCAGGAAGGCCCGCAGCAAGAGCUCCGGUGAGCGUAACCGGACGCCGCGGGAUCUGAGCGCAUGGGAGAAGUAAUGGAGAGAAUGUGGGAGGGGAAAAGAAGGAGAAAAUGAAGGAGGAGAAAGAACGAAAGAUUAUAGUACUGGACAAGAUGAAAGGGGCAACAAAAGGAUCAAGACCAGUCUGAUAGUACCUCAGCAGUCAGAUUUGUAAGAGCAGGGUAGAUCAGAACAGUGUUUCUGCUUUGGCUGGCCAUCAAACCAACUGAAUAGAUUUUAUAAGAUCAGUGUAUAAAAUCAGUCUAUGUGUAGGUCAGGUGUUAGAGAUUGAUUCUGACUGUGGCCCAAAAAAGACAGAAGUGUUUUGUUGUCUGGAAAGACAACAGGGAAAGAGAUGUGACAAUGACACGAUGUUGACAUUGAUAAAGAGGAAACAAGGGAUAAUCUUUCAAAUACACACUGAGGAGAUUUUUAAAAAUCUUGAUUGCCAUGGACCCCUCCCCCUCUCACAACCUUGCCCAUGUAUACUUUUACUGUUAUUGAAAUGACAGUCACUGCUUUCAUUGCAACACAUCAUGUAAGUCAUUUGUCACUGAGAAAACCUUCAAAAUUUCACAAACCUCAGAUUUAAAAAAUGUAAUGCAUGCCUGUGGAUUGACUUUACUGACAGCAGACCCUGUUUUAUGUCUGCUUUUGCAGCCUCAUUGACUCCUUGAUGAACAGUGUGUUGGCUUAUAUCAUUGUGUUUAUUCUCUCAUGAGACUUCCAGCUGCACUUGUCAAGUUUUUCAUGUAAAUAUCCAUGCUAAAUGCAAACUGGGGCCUCAACAGAGAGGAACAGCACAUUUACAAACUUUGCAUCCUUGAACUACAAAAUAACAACCACUUCCCAUUUCUGUCUUCCUCACUACCAAGUUGGUCACAUUUCACACAGUGCAAUCACUGGAUUCAUCUCCUUCUCACUUAUUGUAUUUAACGGCCCGUGUCUUGCCUCGUUCUGCACUUGCCUUUGUGAUAAAAUGUUCAUGUGUGACUUCAGCUCAAGACAUAACUGUCUAUGCUGUAUACAAGGCAUAUGAAGCUAAUCGAGCACACAGACUUAAACACUCUCUGAACCACACUCCCACACACAGUUCCAUAAACUGAAGUUCCACUAACCCAUCACACUGAAUGCAUAAGCUCAACUAAUUCAAACUGGAAGCUACCGUGAGACGACUGUUGAUAGUUCAACAGACUAAAAGGCACAUUGCUUUAUUUUUCCUGCUGUGGGCUGAACGUUUCAUUAAACACCAGUUAGAGAUCAAAAUCCCUCCUCUCUGACCCGUAAAGGGAUAUUUCAGAGAGGUUUAUUUUCAUGCUUUUGGGUUAUAUACUGCACCACCUCUGGAAAUGUACCUAAUGGUGACAGUCAAACUUCAAUAUUCACUUCCAUGGGUAAUCCUUAGGCAACUCAACUUUACUUAACACAAACCCAAUUACCAAAGUGUCCAAAACAAACAAACAAACAAAAAUGUCUAUUAAACACCCAAAGAUCUUCAAUUUAUGAUGAUAAAAACAGGCAUUUUGGGUGGUAAACUGACUCUUCAAUAAACUAAACUCAAGUCACAUAUUCUCUCUGUUCAAGCAGAGAUAUUAUACAGUAUGUUUACUACAACCAUUAUUGACAGUUUGUAUUCAUGCUUUUGCCUUUAAAGGAAAUUACAUAACCCAACCUCUUUGUGGUAACCUCAGCUCACAUGUUAAUCAGCUACUGAACUCCCUUUCCCACAGUUCCUCUGUGUGCUGUAGCUUUCCAAUGACAAUAGAGGGAACAAUAGAAGGGUCAACUGUAAUGACCAACUCCUUUUGUCUUUCUGCUUUGGAAACAGUGGUUUUAAGAUGGUUCAUAGUUUGAACACAUGAUAAUCCACAUUGUUAUUAUCAUCAGUUAUGUUGUUAAAAUAUUAUACUCUUUUUUAUGGUUACUCAAUCCACAAGAGGAGAAUGGAGGGUUGAAUAAAUUAAUGAGACUGCGCAACAGAGAUAAAGAAAACAAAAUGGCUUUGAAUAAGGACAGAUGUGAGCAUUGUAAGUGCAAGUGGUGAAAUCAUCAGUUUCCCAUUAUAAACUGUACAAAAGUUGUCUGUGCUCAUUAAAUUCAUUUGAAGACAGCUACAUCAAUUCAGAAACACAAUCAGCACGUAGCCGAGUAGGAAACUGAGGAUGUCCAACAUGGCUGCCAAAUGGUGUGUUACUUCACAUGAAAUCCCUGUAAUUUGUAUACAUAUGGAAGAUGGUAUAUCUUUUCCUGGAGCCCUCUAAUUACUUAAAAUUAGCCAGGAAGGAGACACUACCACUAAUGAACUUGACUUUUUUGUGACCUACGUGGCGUGUGACUGGCCUCUGAGAGGACAAACAAAAAGAGAGGAGGAGAGGAAAUCGGGGAAGAAAGGAGAAAGAGAUUUUUUAAAAAAUAAGGUACUACAAGCAUCUUGUGAAGGCUGGAUUUGCAAUUUAUAUAUAAAAAGCCCUCAUCCCUAUUAAAACACAUUUUCCCACAAUUCAUCAGCAUUAAGUGAGUUUUUCAAAAAGGUGACACAUUUUUCCCUGGUUUGUUUAACACACUUAAGCACAUGUUUAACUCCAGCAACGUUUAUUUUCUUAGUUUGAGAUUUGGGAGACUGGCUAUUAGACUCCAAUUCUGGUGUUUGCUCUAAAAAUAUUGCUUCUGAUGUAUAUCUAAACUGAAAGAAAAUGAUAGAGGGACAGGAAGACGGUGUCCAUGAAACAAAGAGACAGACAGCUGGCAGGGUAAAAUAAAAUUAACCCACAGUAAAAGUUCAUUUACUCUGUAACAAUUUUAUAUUUUAAUUCAUAAUUCUGUGCUGCACAAGUACUAGUUUGUUUAUUGUGGUGGUAUCAGAUUUGCUUGAGCCUCUGCCUCUCUAAAGCCUGAAUUACUGUCAUCACAAGAUUUUAAACUGUUCAUACUUUAACUUUUGCAACUAUGAUUGUGAAUUUAGUGUGUAAAAUUGUCUAAAGUUUCAAGUUCCCAUUUUACAGUAACUGUCAUAAGAUAGAAGUGCCAAAAUAAAUGCUGACACUCUUUUUGUGUGAGAGUUUUUGAGCCUUAAAAUGCUUCAGGUGAAAAUGCUUCAUUCUUGCAAAUAUGAAAUUAGUAGUAGAAGACAAGAUGUGCCAUUAUUCACUAAAUAUUAUAAACAGCUGUGCAGGUUCAAACCAGACAUUUUAAGGCUUCAAAUAUAUUUCAGUUGUUGUACAGUUGUACAAAGAGUGUUGUGGUAUUGCAUAUGACAUUUUAUAUAUAUUUAACUUACUAUUUUGAUGUCCACUCUAGCUAGUUGUGUUCAGUGCAGUUUCUCCAAUUUUUUAAAACUUGUACCUAAAAACACAGAAAUAAUUCACAACACUUGUCCUCCCUUAAUGUUUAAAUGUCAUAUUUUGCAGAGUAUAUAUAGAAGACCUGCUAGAUUUAUCAUUUGACAAGGACUCAAACACUCAAUAAUAUUGUAAUACUUUUUGUAAAACUGGGGCAGGCUUUCGCUCCUGCUAAACUACAGCAGGUGAUUUCACUAAUUAGCUGCUCCUCCUGAUUGGUGGUGACCUAAUUAAUAAAUACCUGCACAUGCUCUGACCUCCACAGCUACUCUGCAUGACACAGACAAGAGGUUCAGUCAGCAGUCAAAUGUUAAAGAAGAGACUGCAGUUAAAACAUUUAAAUGAUUUAUCUGUGAAUUUGUCAGCAGUCCUACUACCAUACUAUAGUAAUCUCUUUGAACUUGAAAGGUUCAUGGUUUCCCUACAGAAACACUGCCACUCUCAAUAUAGAAUUUAGGCUGAAAGGUGUGAGGAUCCUUGGGUUAAAGAGGAACAUUAACUUGGAGAAAUGUCCCUUCAUUGUACUGUAAAAAUGUGCGCAGGUUGUGGGGUCUCUGACAGAAAGAGCCUAAUUUAAAUGUGUAUUUAUGUUUUAUUUAAGUGUCUUUCUACCAUGCAUGCUAUGUAGUUGUAUGCUAUUUAACAACAUUAAAAGUGGAUUUUCUAACGCAAA